AUGAUAGCUAAACUUAUUCAGCUAAUUGCGUCCAUCUUGGGGUUGAUUAGAAAUGAUUAUCAGGAAGAUAAUGUUAAGAAAGGGCUGACUGAGUGUAGGAAAGCGUGUAAAAAGAUACGCAAUUCGAUGAGAUAUGCCAAGACGAUGGGUGAGAAGCAGCAUUUAGAAGCUCAGAUGAGGCAUGUGAAAACGUUGAGAAACCAUCUGAAGGCCGAACAAAAGAAGGGGGCUGGACUUACACCUAUGAAGGAGACUGCUAAGCAUAGAGUACAAUGGGAUGAUUCCUUAUCAGCGUUCAACUCAAGAAUUCGAACUGGAGUCAUCUCAAACCUCAAACACAAAGACCCCAGCAGUUUCCUAGUAGAUUGCAAGGCGCUAUUCAAACGUAGGAUUCAAAACGCGCUAAAGAAGGAUGAGGUAGUUAAAGUUAAUACUGCUUUUGGGGGAGAAUUCGAGAUAGCUAGCGGAGAGAAAAUCCUAAAAGACACUAAAUAUUUUACCACAUCAAACUCUCCAAUAUACAAAGACACAAAUCUUGACGAAUGGUUUGAAAACCAUGUGUCUGAACCCCUCAGCAAAAAGCUAGAGGAAUUCCAAGAGAGAGAUAGUGGCUGGGCACUAAAGGCUGUUGUUAACCUGGGGGUAAACAUUAACAAAUACACACCACAACUUGGUUCCUCUUAUAUUGAACUUCCUCCUCAAAUAAAGAGAAAGGAAGCCUGCGUUAACGUCCAGAAUGAUGAUGAGGCAUGCUUUGCGUGGUCUGUCAUAUCAGCGCUGAAUCCUGUUGAUAAACAUCCUCACAGAGUGUCAAAAUAUCCGCACUACUCGCAAGUGUUGAAGUUGAAGGGAAUACAGUGGCCAAUGACGAUGAGGCAGAUUCCUAAUUUUGAAAAACAGAAUGACAUUUCAAUUAAUGUAUACGUUUUGAAAAAAGAUAAAGGAGAUUUUACGACCCUCCCUACAUUUCUAACUAAAAACAAGAAGGAUAAACAUGUGAAUUUGCUUUUAAUUCAAGAUAAAUAUGAUGAUACCGAAGGUCCUAUUAGAUACCAUUACGUUUGGAUAAAAAGCCUAUCCCGCCUCCUCUCCAAGCAGCUUAGCAAACGUGAUGGAGCCAAAUAUUUCUGCGAUACCUGCCUCCAUUACUUUCGAUCACAAGAAAAGUUAAAUAUUCAUAAGGCAUGCUGCAGCGGUCGAUCAGAUCUUAUAUGUGAUAGAUGCCUACAACCGUUUUCAUCGUCAAAACAGGUUGAAGCUCAUAUGGUAGAUUGUAUAAGAAUUAAUGAAACAGCCAUUAAAAUGCCCGACGAAAGUCAUAAAAUGUUGAAAUUUAAGAAUUUUCGUAAUAAGAUUAAAGCCCCCUUCGCCGUGUACGCGGAUCUCGAGAGUGCUUUGAAACGUACAGGAGAUCCUAAAAAACCUCAAGAGCAUAUUCCUGUAGCAGUUGGUUAUUUCUUUAAAUGCUCGUAUGAUGACACUUUGUCGUUUUAUGACUCAUAUCGAGGAAAGGAUUGCAUGAAAUGGUUCGCAGAUAAACUUAAUCAGCUUGCUGAGGAUGUUUCUACGGUGUUUAUGUGCCCAUAUGAUAUAAAUAUGACAACUCAGCAAGAGAGCGAUUUCCAUGCAGCCACUCAUUGCCAUAUCUGUGAGCAGCGCUUUUCCCCCAAUGAUAAGAAAGUGCGAGACCAUGAUCACUUUAUUCCUGACAAUAAUUAUAGAGGUGCAGCUCACGAAGGGUGUAACAUUAAUUACAAAGAUGUUCAUACAAUUCCAAUAAUAUUUCAUAAUCUCUCCGGAUAUGACGCACAUUUUAUUAUUAACGAUAUUGCUACACACAUCAAAGGUCCCGUAGAUCUUCUUCCUAUUACUAAGGAAAAAUACAUUUCUUUUACAAAACAUAUUGAUGAUGUUCGAAUUAAAUUCCGUUUUAUUGAUAGUUAUCGAUUUAUGUCUUAUUCUCUUGAUAAAUUAGCUUCGUACCUCCCCGAGUUUCCUAAUCUCAAGUCCCAAUAUACUUCGCUUCCUGAGGAGAAUUUCCAUCUUCUAACUAAAAAAGGUAUCAUGCCAUAUGAUUAUAUAGAUUCAUUUAAAAAAUUCUGUGAGACUUCUUUGCCUCCUAUUGAGUCUUUUUACAAUAAACUUGAAGAUAAGUCAUGUCCUCGUCGACAUUAUCGUCGCGCUCAAGAAGUCUGGUCGUCAUUCAAUUGUACAACUCUCGGGGAUUAUGUCGAUUUAUAUAUGAAAACUGACAUUCUUCUUCUUGCAGAUAUCUUUGAGCGAUUCCGAUCCAGCUCUCUUCGAACUUAUAAUCUUGACCCUGCUCACUAUUAUACUUUACCUGGUUUUACGUGGGAUGCAAUGCUUAAAUAUACAGGUCAAGAACUGGAGCUUUUAACCGAUCCUGACAUGCAUUUGUUUGUUGAACGUGGUAUUCGUGGUGGUCUUAGUCAAGUUUGCUCUAAAAGACGUGUGAAAGCUAACAAUCCAUACAUCAACAACUAUGACCCAUCUAAACCAAAAACGUUCCUUAUGUAUUUUGAUGUUAAUAAUCAGUAUGGUUGGGCCAUGUCUCAAUAUCUUCCAUAUGGCGGUUUCGAGUGGGUCGAUGCCAAUAUUGAUGUCCUUUCCAUUGCUGACGAUGCUUCUGAAGGGUACAUUCUCGAGGUUGAUCUGGCGUACCCUCAACAUCUUCAUGAUCGUCAUAAAGAUAUCCCGUUUUGUCCUGAGUCUUUAAAUUCUAAGACUAUGCUUCCUCCUACACGUCCGCGAGAGCAGACUAAAUUAAUGGCUACCCUACAGGAUAAAGAAAGAUAUGUAAUACAUUAUAGAGCACUAAAACAGGCGCUUGCAAAUGGAUUGAUCCUGAAAAAGAUACAUAGAGUAUUGAAAUUCAAACAGGCUCCAUGGUUAAAGUCAUACAUCGAUCUUAAUACAAAUCUCCGGAAGGCAGCGAACAAUGAGUUUGAAAAGGAUCUUUUUAAGCUUAUGAAUAAUGCAGUGUUCGGGAAGACUAUGGAAUCAGUGCGCAAGCGCGUUGAUAUAAAGUUGCUUACUUUGUGGGAGGGUCGUUACGGAGCUGAAGCUAGAAUAAGUAGCCCAUUGUUUAAGAAUGCAACGAUUUUUAGUGAAAACUUGGUAGCUGUUGAGAUGCGUAGAGCUGAAAUAUGGUUAGAUAAACCAAUCUAUAUCGGAAUGAGUAUUUUAGACUUGGCUAAAACAACAAUCUAUGAUUUUCAGUAUGGAUACUUAGCUGGCAGGUUCGGAGAAAACUUUACAACUUGCUAUACUGAUACCGAUAGUGUAAUCGUGGAAAUACGUGAACAAGACCCAUAUGAGGCUAUGAAAGAAGAUUGCUACAAAUAUUUUGAUACCUCAGACUAUCGUAAAGACAAUAUUUAUGGUAUCCCUCAGGUUAACAAGAAGGUGUUGGGCAUGAUGAAAGAUGAGAAUAAAGGUCGCAUUAUGACUGACUACAUAGGGCUCCGAUCUAAAUUGUAUACAACAAAAGUAGCUGCCACUGAAGAUGAGCUAAAAGAAAAACGUAAAAAGUUGAAAGAUGAAGAAUAUGAGGAUGAAGAAAUUGAAGUAAUUAUUAAAAAUUUUAGGUUAACAAAGAAGGCGAAGGGGGUAAAGAAAUCUGUGGUGAACACGAAAAUUACGUUUGAGGACUAUGUAGAGUGUUUGGAUAACUUAAAAAAGGUGUAUGCUUCACAGAAUCUAAUACGCUCAGAUAAGCACCAUGUUUAUACCAUAACACAAAGCAAGAUUGCGCUAAGCGCCAAUGAUGAUAAAAGACAUCACCUUCCGGAGUCAUAUGAUACACUUCCAUGUGCACAAAAAAUUGUAACUCAACUGGAAUUACCACUUAUGAGAAGAGGUCAUAAAUACGAACGCAUCCCACAAGAAGAUGACGCCGAAGUUCCUGUUUGUGUUAAGCCUAUUGAAAAGAAUAAAAGAUGGUGGAGCGACAGAACAAAAAGUGAAGAAAAAAUUGACAACAAGAAAAACGAAUUGGUUGAGAAACAUAUGGAACUGAAAGAAAAGUUAAUGAAAGCCGAACAGUUAACGGAAGCUAGUACAAACAUUAAAGAUGAGAAGCUAUAA